AUGACCGACUCGCCCGAGCCAGAUGCCCCAAACACUCUUCAUUCUCGUUCCGCCAUGCCAUUUCCCUCUUGCAAAUCCGAAUGCCUUAAAGAAGGACUCGCCAUAGUACCGGAAGAUGGGGAUAUUCAAUUCGACGCGUCAGGCCGAAGCUGGCACGAUGCCGACCAAUCUGCCGCCAUCGAACAUUUGGUCACACUCAAGCAGGGUUUGAGGACAUCCGACACCGAACUGUUCUGGAAACGGCUCAUGGAGGAUAUUACAUCGAUCAGCAAAGCACAAUAUGGUUUUGUCGCUCGUCGGGUACACGGUGGGGAGCCCAUGUCCGAACUGGGCGGGCGCCGGGCGUCACUCUUCGGUGCGGUCUUUUACUACAACGACGGCUACCAGAACGUCGGACUACAGCGAAACCGGUAUUUCGCAGGUGGAAAUCCUUUACUACAUAUGGAUCAUGAAAGACCAUGUCUGAUUCCCGAAAACCUGAAAUCAUUGGUGUCCUUCGGUGACGAUCAGCUACCCUUCCCAGCCGAGGCGUAUCUGGCCAUCCCACUUUUCUCCGCUGGUAAAUGCCUGGCGCAUCUCGGCUUGAUGUGGUCGAUGGAGGGUAUCCGUAAUCGAAAUUUGUCAUGGUCGUUUCUGGAGGUGGUUUUACAUUCGCUGGAGGACAUGAUCGUUCGGCAGUUGUUACAGGACGACGUCUUUCCGGAGCAGGAGAGCUGCGCAUUUCCGCCAAUUCCGCCAUUUGUUCAAAAUACAGCGACGGUUCCUCUCCCUGGGACCCCUGAUUUUAACUCACAGCCCCUCAAACCCUACGCUCGAAGUCUAUCCCAUGAAUUACGAACCCCAAUGCAAGGUGUGGUAGGUAUGCUUGACGUGAUGCAUGCCACAGUGCGGGAGGCCAUAGAAAGCAAGACACCUGUCAAGUCCGGUGGAAUCUUCCAGGCUCUCAAAGAAGGUAUCGAGAUGGUCCAGGACAGCGCACGGCGUGCCGUCGAAGCGGCCGAUAAUGUUGUUCACGCCUACGACCUCAAUAUGCAAGUCCCCAAAACGCCUACACCGCAACGAGAGGAAGAAAACGGCUUUUUCCCGGAUGUGCCUCCGCCAGGCGAGUUUGCCGAAAGUCGACCAACCGUUUUUAUUGAAGGAAGCAACAUUGCUGUAAAUCCAUACAAACGAAGACGGAGUCUUCCCCUGGAUAUGGCAUCAUGUUCAUCACGCCCGGUUCGCAGGCAGAGAGUUCGUGCAGCGUCUUCACGGCAGGAACUGUCUCCCCGCAGCGAAGAAGUUAAAAAUGCUGUCCAUGAAAGUGAUCAAAUCGUCCAUGCCACCACCCCUGCCCGCCAGAUUGAGGAAGUCAUGGCCAACAUGGUAGAUCCACAACCGUCUAUUGCGACCCGUCGAUGUGCCCCGCAUCUGCUUAUAGAAGGUAUUAAUAUGAACCUUCGUGGUCCAGCUCUGCGCUUCACCAGAUUACGAGACCUGCUUCGUUUAGUCAUUAACGAAUCUCUGCACGUUGGCGGCCGCCCCGAUUCUGCCGAGAGCAAUGCGACUGAGUUUGGGGAAAAGAUCGAAAUUCGAUCCAGAUCUUCAAAUGGUGAAAUGCGUACAAAGACCGUGGAUUGGUCCGUUGACCCAGCGUUGCCUGAUACGCUCCUAGCCGAUGACAGAGACUUGGCCAAGUUGAUAUCCUGCGUGUUUUUGAAUGCUAUCAAAUUCACUAACAAUGGCACGAUCACUGUCUGUGCGACCAUCGACGCCAGGAACAAUGACGUCUUGAUUCGUGUGCGUGACACCGGCCCAGGUAUUCCCGAGGCAUUCUUACCCAAUCUUUUCAAGCCUUUCGCACGCGAAGACGCCUCGACAACCCGGAGUAAAGACGGCUUGGGACUGGGUCUUCUUGUGGCCAAGGGUCUUUCGCGGAAGAUGGGAGGCGAUCUGAUUUGUGUUCGUUCAUCUACCACUGGUCCUGAUCAUGGCUCGGAAUUCCAGAUCCGGGUACCUGUGAACCAACGCGAGGCCCUGUGUGGUCCUGGGACACCCAACGACCGAACCAUGACCCCGCCGUUCUUCACCGAACAUACGCGGACCGGUAGUGGGAGUAGCUUCGUCUGGGAACCCACACUAGCAAGCUCGCCAUCUCAUCUGCAAAACCAGCAACUUCAGCAGCCAACUCCUAGCACCUCAGAUGAAAAAUCACAGAGCCCGAGCCCGCCUCGAGUUUUGACGAGACCUCAACUCAACCCAAGCGCUAUCUGUCGAGAUUCAUAUGACAAGAAACUUGGGGAGAAAUACCCAUUGCGUUUCCUUGUUGCAGAAGACAACCGGAUUAACCGGCGUGUUUUGGUAAACAUGCUGCGUAAGCUAGGCUACCGUGACGUUCUGGAAGCGGCCGACGGCCGAGAAGCUGUACAAAUCGUGAAAGAGAUUCUUUCUGCGUCUACUACUCCCGCCACGCUCUCAACUGAAUUCCCAAAACUCGUGGAUGUGGAAGUUCCCGCCAAAUCCACAAUGCCAGACUCGUCAGAGAUCAAACCUAUUGACAUUGUGCUCAUGGACCUUUGGAUGCCUGAAAUGGACGGCUAUGAGGCAACUUCCCGGAUUCUCCAGAUGCAUAAUGCCCAACAGAGCCAGUCCUUUGGUUCCAAAAAUGCCUCUCCAGACACCCCGAACAAUUCUGACCCAAUGGACGUGGACAGUACUAGUGCCAACAUGGGCGCACUCCGUAUGCCACCGCCUCCUACUGUCCUUGCCGUGAGCGCGGAUGUUACCGAUGAAGCUUUGAACCGGGCCUCCAGGGUGGGCAUCAAGGGUUACAUGACAAAACCAUAUAAACUCUCCGACCUUGAACGACUGAUCCUCGGAUUCUGUGGUAGUCCUGGCGACCCAGUUCCGAUGGUGACUACCUAA